AACCUGACACAAUUGGAGUUCCCAUUUAGCUUUCUCAAAGCCUCACCGCAAAACCCUAAUCUCCGAUUCCAAAACCCUCCGCUCCCCCGAUCCAUCGCCAUGACUUCGCCAUCCUUUUCCCCUCCUCUCGAUCUCAUCCAUGUCUUCUGGCACGAGGGCAUGCUCGCCCACGACGCCGGCACCGGCGUCUUCGACACCGGCAUGGACCCUGGUUUCCUCGAGGUCUUGGAGAAGCACCCGGAGAACGCGGAACGGGUGAGGAACAUGGUCUCCAUCCUCCGCAAAGGCCCCAUCUCCCCCUUCGUCUCGUGGCACGUGGGCCGGCCCGCCCACGUCUCCGAGCUCUUCUCCUUCCACUCUUCAGAAUACAUAGAGGAACUUGUACAAGCCAAUGGAGCUGGAAGCAAAGAGCUCUGUGCUGGAACUUUUCUGAAACCUGGGUCCUGGGGUGCUGCCCUUCUAGCUGCUGGAACCACAUUAUCAGCAAUGAAGUAUAUAUUAGAUGGACAUGGGAAGCUUGCUUAUGCUCUAGUACGUCCUCCUGGUCAUCAUGCACAGCCCUGUCAAGCUGAUGGUUACUGCUUUCUGAAUAAUGCUGGGCUUGCAGUACAGCUUGCUCUAGAUUCUGGCUUCAGGAAGGUUGCCAUAAUCGACAUUGAUGUCCAUUAUGGCAAUGGUACAGCUGAAGGAUUUUAUCGCUCAGAUAAUGUUCUCACUGUUUCCCUUCACAUGAAUCAUGGUUCCUGGGGUCCAUCGCAUCCUCAGAGUGGCUCCAUUGAUGAAGUUGGUGAAGGCAAUGGGUUUGGGUACAAUCUGAAUAUACCUUUACCCAAUGGAACAGGGGAUGAGGGGUAUGCAUAUGCAAUGAAAGAAUUGGUUGUUCCAGCUGUUCAAGUAUUCAAACCCAUGCUAAUUGUGUUGGUUGUUGGUCAGGAUUCUAGUGCGUUUGAUCCAAAUGGAAGGCAAUGUCUGACAAUGGAAGGUUAUAGGAAGAUUGGGCAAAUUGUAUGCAGAUUGGCUGAUACAUAUACCAAUGGAUGCAUCCUGAUUGUUCAGGAAGGAGGGUAUCAUGUAACAUACUCAGCUUACUGUCUCCAUGCAACACUAGAAGGUGUUCUUAAACUUCCUGCUCCUCUACUAUCAGACCCUAUUGCUUAUUACCCUGAGGACAAGGCGUACACUUUCAAAGUUGUUGAUGCCAUCAAGAAACAUUGGAAAGAAUCCAUUCCAUUCUUGAAGGAGCUUUAGAGAGAUUAAAUGAUGCUGCUGUGUUGAUGUGUCUGUAAAAGAAUUAUUUUGGGAGGAAAUACUAAAAGAGGGUGAGCCUUGGCACACCAUAAGUUAGCUUUAUUGUGACCAUUGCGGUUUCAAAACAUAGAAAAAGCCUCCAUGAGCAUGAAUAAGGAUGCAUACAUCUGACGCUUCGCAGAUCUGAACUGCAGAUUUCAUUCUGAAGUUUUCUUUUGACAUGAAAUAUUUUGUGGAUGCAUCCCCUUUUCAUACACCAGCUUCCCCUGUUAUAUCAAGCAGCUCUGUAAAUGGUCUAGUAGUUUGGGUGGACUCAGAGCACUGAAUUUGACACAGGAUUGAAGGAAACCAACCCAUUUCCUAGCCUGGGACGCUAAACUGAACAACUUUCUUUAAUUCAGUGCCAUCUUUGGAUGUAAUAGCAUCUUCAUUAGUGAGCAAAGACAUAAGGGGAAGGAGGAAUGUGGUGCACUUCCACAAGAUAUAAUACUAGGAACUUCCUUUCUUGUCCUUUGUUUAGCACAAAUAUUCAGUAUCAUGUUGUUCAUGCUUGCUAGCCAUGUACUGUUUCAUUUGCAAUAUAGUGAGGUGAAAAUACAUUAUAUCAUACUUUUUUAAAGUAGAUCACUUUGAUGUAAAUCCUUUGAUCUUGUGCAAUUUAGUUGGUGAAGUAUAUACUUUUUA